AUGGCCUCUGCCCAAGAUGCCCGGUUCGGCCAGAAAGAUUCCUCUUCUGACCAGAACUUUGACUACAUGUUCAAGUUGCUGAUCAUUGGCAACAGCAGCGUGGGGAAAACAUCUUUCCUGUUCCGCUAUGCGGAUGACUCCUUUACAUCUGCAUUCGUCAGCACGGUUGGCAUCGAUUUCAAAGUCAAAACUGUAUUCAAAAAUGAAAAGAGAAUCAAGCUUCAGAUUUGGGACACAGCAGGCCAGGAAAGAUACAGGACCAUCACCACAGCCUAUUAUCGAGGGGCCAUGGGCUUCAUUUUAAUGUAUGACAUCACAAAUGAAGAAUCCUUCAACGCUGUUCAAGAUUGUAUUGACAUUUUGGAAAUCAAGUACCCAUCCUUACAGCUUUUGUUCGAAUAG